ACGUCUUCUCCCUCUCCCCUCGUCCUCUCCUCCCUUCUAUCUUCUUCCUAUCUUCUUUUGAUUUCCCUCCUCCAACCAUGUCUCCCACUCCGGAUUGGGUGAAGAAGCUGAAGCCCGCCGGGCCUCAGGGCACGGAGUUGCUUGAACAAGAGCGGGCAAAGUCAAACGUCUCCGUCGACAAGCUCGCCGAGCUCAUCCACACAAAGGAAACUCUGCAGAGACAAGAACGUCUCCUUGCAAUCAUGGAGAAGGAGCCCGUCUUCGACAAAUCGCAGAACCACACACUUGGCCGUGUAGAACGUCUCAAGAGAUCUCUCGGCAAGGCCAAACGUCUUCAAAAUCUGAGAGAGCAGCAUGGAUGGUCCCAGGACGAAUUUAUGAUGGCGAACGACCUGCUCGGCGAACCUACCCCCUAUGGACUUCACGCCAGCAUGUUCUUGGUCACCCUCAGAGAGCAAGGCACCCCAGAGCAGCACAAACUCUUCCUCGAGCGCGCAGAGAGAUACGAAAUCAUCGGCUGCUACGCACAGACUGAAUUGGGCCACGGCUCGAAUGUUCGUGGCCUCGAGACCACAGCUACCUGGGACCCCACCGAUAAGACUUUCAUCAUCCAUUCUCCAACCCUGACCGCUUCCAAGUGGUGGAUUGGCUCCCUCGGACGAACGGCAAACCACGCAGUCGUGAUGGCUCAGCUGAUUAUUGGCGGCAAAAGUUACGGUCCUCAUCCAUUCGUUGUCCAUAUUCGCGACCUCGAGACCCAUGAGCCGCUGGAGAACAUCCAUGUUGGCGACAUUGGUCCGAAAUUUGGCUACAACACCAUGGAUAAUGGCUUCCUACUGUUUAACCAUGUCAAGAUUCCCCACGUGAACAUGCUUGCCCGCUUCUCAAGGGUUGAUCCAGACACUGGCAAGUACAUCCGCCCAGCACUGCCCUCCCUCGUGUACGGAACCUUAACCUGGGUGCGCUCCACCAUUGUCCUCCAAUCCGGUGGCGUCCUUGCCCGUGGUGUCACGAUUGCCACGAGGUACUGCGCGGUCCGAAGACAAUUCCAAGACCGUGAUGCGCCGGCGACGGAAACCGGAGAGAACCAGGUCAUCAACUAUAAGAUGGUCCAAAUUCGAUUGCUACCCCUUCUGGCCGCCACUUUUGCGCUGCAUUUCACGGGCCGUGGCAUGAUGGCUCUUUACCAACAAAACCAGAGCCUGAUGAAGGCUACCGAAAAUGGAACCAAGACCAGGGGCGCUGGUCCCGAGCAAUUGAACCCUGGAGCUGAUCUCCUUGCCGACCUUCAUGCCACAUCCUGCGGUCUCAAAGCUUUGGGAAGUACCAUUGCUGUUGAGGGAUUGGAAGCCUGCCGUCGCGCUUGCGGUGGACACGGCUACAGCAGUUAUAGCGGGAUUGGUCCAUGGUACGCCGAUUACCUCCCGACUGCUACUUGGGAAGGAGACAACUACAUGCUCACGCAGCAGGUUGCCCGAUAUCUCCUCAAAUCUGCCCGUUCCGUCAUCGCUGGCAAGCCAGCAAACAAUGACACCUGCCGUGUCCUCGCGACCUACCUUUCUCGCCGUGACACAGGUGCUGCUUUCGACAUCCUCGAUAGCGAUAAGGACAUUGUUGAUGCAUUCGCGUGGCGCACUGCCUAUCUGACCUUCGAGGCCCUUAAGCACCGCGAUGUCGAGAAGAGAUCCUGGAACAGCCUGCUAGUCGACUUCUGGCGCCUCUCCACCGCUCACUCCCAGUACCUCGUUGUCAAGAACUUCUAUGAGGCCGUGUCCUCCCCUGCUACCGCCGCCGCCGUUGAUCCCGAAACAAUGACUGUUCUCCACAAGCUCUUCCGCCUGCAUGCUCUCCACACCCUUGAGCGUGAGGCCGCUGAGUUCUUCACCUCUGGAGCUGUCACGACAAGACAAAUUGUUCUCACUCGUACCAAGGCGGUGAUGAAUCUCCUCGAGGAGGUCCGUCCACAUGCUGUGCGCUUGGUGGACUCAUGGAAGUUCCCUGACUGGCAACUCGACAGCUCUCUAGGCAGAUAUGACGGCAAAGUCUACGAAGAUCUAUUCCAUCGGGCCAGCGAGCUGAACCCAGUCAAUGCCAUGACAUUUGACCCUUAUCCAAGCCACGAAGUGUUGGUGAAGAACGAGAGGCCCAGUAAGCUGUGAUUUCUCUUAACUGAGGGCUGAUGUUCCCUUUUGCAUUUCAAACGUGUAUUUUUUGCCCCCUGGAUUGAGAUUUGGCGUUUUCUUUUUUCCUAUAUUCUCCUUUCUUAUGGGUAUUGAUUUGGUUACUGUUUUUGCUUGAAUACACUGUUUAGAUUCUAGAAACAUAGAAGGACGGGAUGGAUAGACAAAUGGCGAUGUGGAUAGAGAGGCCUUCGAUGGCUGGAAGACAACGUUGUUAGUUAUCCGAUAGACUUGAAUUUAGACAUUCUCAUCAAUUCAUCCA